AAGCCCAAAAACAAUACAAAACGAAAUUCAACAUAGACCAGUUGACUCUCCGUCUUUGCACAGAUAUGGCAUUCUCAGCGCCACCGUCUGCAGCCGGCGGCGUCCGGAACCCUAGCGGCCGUAAGCCUCUUGGUUUGGUCCAAAAUAUUAUAAAAAGGAAACACAGCUUCGCACAAUUCUUCGCGAUGACCGGAAUCCUGCUGCUCAGCUGCCGAUCGCUCGGCCAGAAGUACCGCAUGUACAACCUCUCCGAGGACGCCGCCGCACUGAGGGAAGAUCAGGAAAACCUCACUUCUAGAAUGAACAACAUCAAACAGAGCCUCCUAGCCGAAGCCGCUCGCGAGCCGACCGGAGCUUUCGCCGCUAGGCUGCGCCUCCUUUUCGGAGAUGAGAGCAAUUGAGUGAAGAUUGGAUUGUGAAUUCGUUCUUACCCCACGUGCUGAUCAGGUUUUGAAUUUCUAGGGUUUCGAAAUUGGAUUUUGAAUAAAUUGAUCUAGGUGCUGAUUGGAAUUGUGAUUAUUCCUCGUGAACUGAUUUGUGUUUUUAUGACGAUGAUUGAAUGUUUUGUUGUAAUCUGAGAUUAAUUUUGUGCAAUGAGGUAUUGGGGAAUAUGAAAUUGGGGACGAUUAUGCAUAUUGAAUGGAUGAAAUUAGCUCUU